AUGAAAUUCUCCACCUCGACACUUCUCCUGGGUGUACUGAUAAUCCCUGUAACAGCAACUAUACCUAAUGGUUCUUGUGAUGGAUACACAAAUAUUACUGAUACAUGGCGCAAUGUAGGAUAUACAAGGACCGACUUCCCUGGUUAUCCCAAGGGUGAUAACCUUCUCUAUAACCAGUGGUUGCGCUUCACGGGGAUCGGUGGAGACAGAGUUCAUCCACUAUGUCCUUACUUCAACCGUGGUGGUACAAAGUUUCCUCUUCAUGCUCCAUUUAAAUAUCCAACACCUGAGUCUCCAUCUGUGAUAGCCAAUGCAUAUGCUUAUAAUUAUUACGGGUGUACGAAAAUAAAGAUACAGACACAAGUAGUUCUGUGUCCUGGUGGAUUCUACAUCUAUAAACCAUUACAACGUCCAGCGCUUAAUGUGGCAUAUGCAACCAGUCAUACUAACUGUACGGCAGACUGCUGUGGACCACUGUCUGAGAGCAACAGUGAUGGAGCUUGCUAUUGUAUCAGUGGAUAUGAAAUCCCAAAAGGACACCUCCCAACACCAGAAUCAUAUGGCUGCACCGAUAUAGAUGAGUGUGAGAGGUCUGAAGGUAGAGUUUGUGGAUCUAACUCUAACUGUACCAAUACUAUUGGAUCAUACAUCUGUACCUGUUGGAAUGGAUUCAAUGCAACAGAUUCAGCUUCACCCCCUAUGUGGGCCAACCCAUGCAUAGAUAUUGAUGAAUGUCUUGACAAUGUCUGUGGGGAUGGAGGGACCUGCACCAACAAUCCUGGAAGUUAUGUGUGUGAUUGUCAUCCAGGCUUCAAGCUCGUUCCUGGUCAAACUGCUCCUUGCGUAGAUAUCAAUGAGUGUUUUAAUUCCACCAUCUGUGGUCCUGAUGCAAUUUGCACCAACACAUUUGGAGCUCUUACCUGUGCAUGUGAGGUGGGUUACGCACCGACUGACCGAGCUCAAGACCCCACCGAGAUCAACAUCUGUAUUGAUGUUAAUGAGUGUGUUGAAGAUGCUACCAUCUGUGGACCUGUUUCUAACUGUUCAAAUUCCAUUGGGUCUCACAUCUGUACGUGUUUCCCUGGUUAUCGAGAGAAAAACCCAGAAAUGAUAGCCAGCUUUGCUAACCCAUGUACAGAUAUAGAUGAGUGCAGUGAAACUCCAGGUAUAUGUGGUUUUCAAACUGUGUGCACUAAUAAGCCAGGAACCUUUUAUUGUUCUUGUCCGGAUGGUUUUUAUCCUUCAACUGGACUUCGGUGGACUGUAGGAGUCUCAUUUUGUAAAAGUCUUCAAGAUGUUCUGGAUGGGAUAACACCCAAAGAGGGUCAGACAAAAGAGAGAGCCUUUCUUGACUACGUGGACGAUGACCUGAAAAACAAUGAAGGAACAGUCCUACCAGAAGCAACUGUUGAAAACUGCUUCGCAUCAUCUAUGGAAGUGUCAGGUGUUGGUCCUCGUGCCAGGUCAAUUAAGGUGAGUAGUGAAGGAGACGGGGACACUGGCAGUGCGAUCCUGGGCAUCUCAGACCGUUUAGUUUCUGCGAUGGUGGAGCCAGGUCAGAACCAUAGGACAAAGAACUUAAAGAGUUCAACAGUGGACUUAAGUCUAGAAACCUUUGGACCUGGAGGCAAAGCAAAGAGCUCUUCUCUCACAGCCAAUGGAAACACCAUGGAAAUCAACAUGGGAACUUUGGCCGAAAACAACAAUGGUUCUGCAGCAGCUGCCUUUCUGACUCUUCAUGGGAUGGAGAGUCUUCUCAGUCAUCAAUACUUUAAAACAGAAAACAGGACAGAGAUGUACUCUGAUGUUAUUACUGCAGUCCUCCCCUCAGUGAACAACACCAACCUCACAGAGCCUGUCAACUUCACCGUUCAACACAAGAAGGUGUCAAUGAAUCAAACAAAAUUAGCUGGAGAUGGUAUGGUGACAUGUGUGUACUGGGAGGGCAAACCAGAGGAAGCACAAGGUGGUAAAAAAACAGGAGGAAAGACCAGUACCAUGCGUUGGUCAGUGGAUGGCUGCUGGGUUGCAUACACUACUGAUAACUACACAGUGUGCAGCUGCUCUCAUCUCUCCACAUUUGCCCUCAUCAUGCAGAUCGGGGAGCCUCCACCAGAAGAUGAUUUCUUAGAGUGGCUGAACCGAAUGUGUGUGAUUGUUGGACUCUUCUUCUUUGCUUUGGCCAUUCUCACCUUCCUCCUGUGCAGCUGGAACCCCAAAAUCAACAACACAGCCCGUCUUCACCUCUGCCUCAGCCUCUCAUUAUCACACCUACUGCUGCUGUGGAAUGAAAAAUAUGCUGAACGAGAGCUGGCCUGCACCGUCAUGGCAGGGAUUCUCCACUUCUUAGUUGUUGCCAGUUUCGUGUGGAUGCAGCUGGAAGCAAUGCAGCUGUACCUGCUGGUCCGCAGACUCACUAAGGUGCAGGUGAUCCAGAGAGAUGGCCUCCCCAGGCCACUUCUGUAUGUGAUUGGCUACGGUGUUCCUUUUGUGAUUGUAGGCGUCUCUGCAUUGGUGUAUUCUGAUGGAUAUGGUGCCACUGAGGCAGGCGCAUGCUGGCUUUCUAGAACACGCAAUUUCAAUUGGGCUUUAACAGGCCCAAUAAUUUCCAUACUUGGAGUUAACUGCAUAAUAUUCUUUGCUACCCUCUGGAGUCUGAGACCCACUCUGACCAACAUGAAAAGUGGCGUUUCUCAGUCCAAAGACACCAGACUGAUAGUCUUCAAGAUCGUGGCCCAGUUUUUUAUCCUGGGCUGUACCUGGAUUCUAGGCCUGUACCAGACAAAUUUAUUUUUCCAAGUUCUCUUCAUAUUUCUCAACUCACAACAGGGCACCUUCCUUUUUAUCGUCCACUGUGUGCUCAAUAAAGAGGUGCGAGAGGAGUACAUUCGGUGGUGUACAUGCACUUGUGGAAAAGACAGAUCUGUGAAGGAUGCACCAUCUGUAUCUGAAGACUUGGACAAGCCACCAGAAAAAACAGAUAUAGAUAAAUAA